AUGUGUGACAUCAAGGAGUUCAAGUUCGACAUUGCACGCGAAAAGGUUGAGCGUUUGCAACGCAAGAUUCGGGAUACUAAGCUUCCUGAUCCUCCUGUCUCCGACGAUGUUAACCGGAAUUAUGGGCCUGAGUAUCACACAGCAGCAUAUCUCUACGGUAUGUGGGCAAACGACUUUGACUGGAACGAGGUCCAAAAAGGAAUGAACGAGGUGCCGCAAUUUCUGGCUACGAUUGAAGAUCUUACGAUCCACUUUGUCCACGCUCGGUCAAAGGACUCCGGAGCAAUUCCCCUACUCGCUAUUCAUGGCUGGCCUGGGACGUUCUGGGAGUUCAGUCGGGUAUGGGGUCCUUUAUCUGACCCCGGCAACCCAGAUGAUCCAGCCUUCCACGUCGUGGUACCAAGCAUGCCGGGGUUCUGUUCAUCUUCUUCACCACAUCAAGACCACUGGAAGCUUCGAGAUAAUGCACGCAUCUUUGACAAGUUGAUGAAGAGUCUCGGAUACAGCGAGUACAUGGUCCAGUGUGGCGACUUGAUCCACGCUGUAGGCCGCGAGCUUGGUGCGAAAUACACCAACUCUUGCAAGCUCCUGCACUGCAACUUUGCUCCCAUUCCAAUGCCAGAAGAUCUCAAGCUCACUGAGCGAGAGAGGAAGGCUUUCAGUAAAUGUGAAGACUGGGUACAGGGCCACAGGGGAUAUGCCGUGACGGAGAGAAUCAGCCCUUACAGAGUCGGCAUAGCAUUGAACGAUAACCCAUUAGGAUUACUCAUUUGGAUUCUCGAAAGGUACAACGAGGGUAUUCCCCAUCCGGAGUGCCAGCACGACCCAUUCUGGACCAAAGCCAUUCUGACUACUGCGUCUUUGUACUUUUUCACCGAAUGCAUCAUGUCCUCUAUCAUGCCACACUACGAUGCUCCAACUUAUGACAGUUUUUCGGAUUUGCCCAUGGACGAAGACGACAGAAUCAGAGUCCCAUUUGGAUUCACCUCCUUUUCCUGGGACACGAAUGCAGUGUCCAGGAGAGCAGUGGAGCGAUCAGUUGAGAAAAAUGGUAAUCUGAUCUUCUACAGAGGUAUGAUCCAUUGA